UCUUGGCGGGCGGGAGGCAAGAUGGCGGCGCGUGAGGGACUGUGCCGCCGCCGGGGCCUCUUCGUCGUCGUCGUCGCCGCCGCCCUGGUCCCGCUCCCGCCGGGCCGCCCCGCCGCCGCUCCUCCUCCUCCUCCUCCUCCUCCCCGCCGCAGCAGCUCGGUGCUUCUGGACCCCGCUUCAGGACGGAUGAGCGUGGUGGACGGACGGGUCCCCGGCGCCGUCGCCUGGGCCAACUUCACCCACGACAUCGCCCGCACCGGGUGGGCCUUCCUGGAGCUGGGCACCAGCGGCCGGUACAACGACAGCCUCCAGGCCUACGCCGCGGGUGUCGCGGAGGCCGCGGUGACGCAGGAGCUCAUCUACAUGCACUGGAUGAACACCGCGGUGGACUACUGUGGCCCCUUCAAGUACGAGACCGAGUACUGCGAGAAACUCAAGGGCUACGUGGAGGCCAACCUGGCCUGGAUGCAGGAGCGGAUGGAGUCGGGCGAAGAUCCAGAAUACUGGCACCAGGUUCACCUCACCCUGCUGCAGCUGAAGGGAUUGGAGGACAGCUACGAGGGACGAGUAUCUUUUCCCACCGGGAGAUUGGCCAUCAACCCCUUCGGGUUCCUCCUAUUCCAGCUGUCGGGAGACCUGGAGGACCUGGAGCCAGCACUGAACCGGAGCCGGGGCAGCCGGAAGCGGGACCUGGGCACGGGCUCCUGCUCGGCUCUGGUCAAACUGCUGCCCGGCAACGGGGAGCUCCUGGUGGCCCACGACACCUGGAGCUCCUACCAGAACAUGCUGCGGAUCCUCAAGAAGUACUCGCUGCGCUUCCGGACCGGGGCCCGAGAGGGGUCCCCACUGGUCCCGGGCCACGAACAGGCCUUCUCCUCUUACCCCGGGACCAUCUUUUCCUCCGAUGACUUCUACAUCCUGAGCAGUGGCUUGGUGGCCCUGGAGACCACAAUCGGGAACAGCAAUGCUGCCCUGUGGAAGUACGUGCACCCCCAGGACAGCGUCCUGGAGUGGCUGCGGAACAUCGUGGCCAACAGGCUGGCCACCGAUGGGGCCACGUGGGCCGACGUGUUCAAGAGGUUCAACAGCGGCACAUACAACAACCAGUGGAUGAUCGUGGACUACCGCGCCUUCUCGCCGGGAGCCACCGUGCCCCCGGCCGGGGUGCUGACCGUCCUGGAGCAGAUCCCGGGCUUGGUGGUGAUGGCCGACAAGACCGACGAGCUGUACCGGAAAGGCUACUGGGCCAGUUACAACCUACCGUCCUUCGAGACCGUGUUCAACGCCAGCGGGUUGCCGGCACUGGUGGAGCGCUACGGGGACUGGUUCUCCUACGGCCGGACCCCCCGUGCCCUCAUCUUCCAGCGGAACCAGUCCCUGGUGCGGGACCUGGAGUCCAUGGUCCGGCUCAUGAGGUUCAACAACUUUGAGCAAGACCGCUGUCACGAUGCCAACCUGCGACCCCCCUCAGAAUGCCGAGAACGCAUCUCAGCCCGCUCAGACCUGAACCCCGCAACGGUACCUAUCCUUUCGGGGCGCUGCCGGCAGCGGGUCCACGGCGGCAUCGACGUGAAGGUGACGUCGUCCCAGCUCGCCAAGGACUUUCGCUUCGUCGCCGCCAGCGGCCCCACUUGGGACCAGGUUCCUGCCUUCCGGUGGAGUUCGUCCCCCUUCAAAGGGCUUGUCCACAUGGGCCACCCCGACCUGUGGCGCUUCUCCCCCGUCCACGUCCGCUGGGACUGAGGGGCCGCCUGCGCCUCCUGACCCCUGGCCCCGUGUGCUGGGACUGAGAUUUCCUUCCCUCUCCGUUGGUACCGCGCUCUCCUUCCCACCCCAUCUACUGGGACUUGAAGUCUCCUCCCCUCCCCU